GAUGCCCUCCGCUCCCCUGCCCUCCCUCGCUCCCACCACCAUUUCCCACUUCAAUUCUCUUCUCUUGUUUGCUUUUCCUUCCACACAUAUAUACAGGCUAAUUAAAUUUGAAGCCGUCGGUCAAUCGAUCAGUCGGUGAUGGCGUCCUCGUCGGCGUCGUGCCGGGGAGGAAGAGACGUGGACCGGAUCAAGGGGCCGUGGAGCCCCGAGGAGGACGAGGCGCUGCAGCGGCUGGUGGCGCGCCACGGGGCGCGCAACUGGUCGCUCAUCAGCAAGUCCAUCCCGGGCCGCUCCGGCAAGUCCUGCCGCCUCCGCUGGUGCAACCAGCUCUCGCCGCAGGUCGAGCACCGCCCCUUCACCCCCGACGAGGACGACACCAUCCUCCGCGCCCACGCCCGCUUCGGCAACAAGUGGGCCACCAUCGCCAGGCUCCUCGCCGGCCGCACCGACAACGCCAUCAAGAACCACUGGAACUCCACCCUCAAGCGCAAGUACCACGCCCACCACCACCAUCACGCCGCCGACGACGACGACCGCCCGCUCAAGCGCACCAGCAGCGACGGCCACCCCGCCAGCCCCUCCGGCUCCGACCUCAGCGACUCCAGCCACCACAGCCUCCCCUCCCACAUGCCCUCCUCGCCGCCGCACCAACAACAACUCCUCCUUCCCCAGCACGUCUACCGCCCGGUCGCAAGGGCCGGCGGGGUCGUCGUCCCUGUUCCUCCUCCUCCUCCGCCCCCGGCGACCUCCCUCUCCCUCUCCCUCUCUCUGCCCGGUCUGGAUCAGCAGCAGCCCGAUCCGUCCCCAUCGGAAGCCGCCGCCGCCGCCGCCGCAGUACAACCGCCGACUGCACCAGCGUCGCCUCAGAUGCCGCCGCUACCCCCCUGUCCACAACUAGAGCCGCCGCCGCCGGCGCGCCCCUCAGCGCCGUUCAGCGCGGAGUUCCUGGCCAUGAUGCAGGAGAUGAUCCGGAUCGAGGUCCGGAACUACAUGUCCGGCUCCGGCGUGGACCCGCGGUCGCCGGCCGACGGCAUGCGCGCCGCCAGCCGCAUCAUGGGCAUGGCCAAGAUCGAGUAGCAACUCCGCUGCGUCAUCAUCAGCACCAGGAUGAAAUGAAUGGAUGAUUCAAAGCAAACGCAACAAUCUGCGUGAGAUUGCAGCAGAGAGCGAGAAGCAGAGGCAGCGCGGCAUACAAAGUGAAGAGACGACGACCAAGAAAGAUCCUCUUCUAUUCUUCUUCUUCUACUACUACUUUCUUCCCAAUAAUUCCUUCCUCUUGUGUAGUUAUUUUCUUUUCUUGAUUCAAUUUUUCUCCUCCUAAAUCUCAAUAUCUCCAAGUUAAGUUUUUGAUGAAGCAACAAGAAGCUUUUCUGUCCGGCUGUCUGGAGGUACUAAUACCAAAAUAAGUGAUGCUAGCUGUACCACAAUCAGCAGCAGCAGCUUAGCUUAUUAGCUUACCUUACCUUAGCUAGCUCAAACUUCUUUUUGUAUAUACUGUUUACAUAAGAAUGAAAAGAAAGAAAAAAAAAAGAGAAGAGCUGAUGACUGAAUCGAUCAUCAACAACUUCCAAAUUAGUGCGUAUUCAGCAAACUUGUCUAGUUCUAGUUAGUGGUACUGUUCCGCUUUGUGUGGUACUCUUCUCCAUUUUGUUUGGUGUUGGGUUGUUUGGAGUGGCAGUUAGACACUCGCACACACAGCCAUAAGUGUUAGUGUCUCAGACUCAAGACUCAGGGUCGGGGAGAGAGAGAAUGAGGAGAAGCAAGCAAAGGACGAAACGGAACUAGUAUGGUGGACUGCAGUCUGCAGGAGAGGAGAGUGGAGGAUGGGCGAGCGACAGCUACCUGCCUGCCUGUUCUGCACUUCCUCUCUCUCUCCCCCUCCCUCUACCUCUAUCUCUAUAUUUGGGCCUGCUUAAUAGAGAGACAAGAUUGAGUUACGAACUGCAUCGGCAAAU